AUGUAUUCGCACUUCAACAACGAGCCUGUGGCGAAGCGGGUGAACAACCUGUUUACCGACCGACUUCGCCAGUUCACCAGCGACGGCGAAUACCGGUCUCUCAACCUGCCAGCUUUCUACGAGCGAGAACGACUGGAUGGCAAGAACCAUGUGGCGAUUGAAACGUAUGCCGUUUCAGAUCUACGACGGCCACUGUUCAAAGACGCCCUCAAAGAGGCAGAUGGCCACUGGAAACCAGCAAAGAAGGGCUCCGAGUACGGACCUUCCUGGGCCACUCACUGGUUCAAGAUCCAGGUCUGUGUGCCCCCAGAGUGGAAGAAGAACUACUACAAAAAGGGCGACCUGGUGGUGUUCAAUUGGAAUCUCAACUGUGAGGGUCUCGUGUUCAGCGAGUCUGGAGAAGCUCUUAUUGGUUUAUCCGGCGAGGAACGACGAGAAUGGCCCAUUCCCGACAACUGGUUCGACGGAAAGUGCCAUACCUUUUACAUUGAGGCCAGUUGCAAUGGCAUGUUCGGCAACGCAACGGGAUCUUCCAUCCAGCCCCCCAGCGACAACAGAUAUUUCAGACUGGACUCUGCAGACCUCGUUGUCAUCAACUCCGAGGCCCGACAUCUCUUUGUGGAUUUUUGGAUUAUCGGAGAUGCGGCCCGGGAGUUCCCAGGGGAUUCGUGGCAACGUGGAAAGGCACUAGAUGUCGCUAACAAGAUCAUGGAUGCCUUUGAUCCUGAAAACCCAGAUGAGAGUAUCGCCGAGGGCCGAAAACUUGCCAAGGAAUACCUCGGAGAUACUACAAAGGCCUACAAGCAACAGCUACCAUUCGCUGAUGGCCUAGUUUACGCACUCGGUAACUGCCACAUCGAUACCGCGUGGCUAUGGCCCUUUGCUGAGACUCGUCGAAAGGCAGGUCGAUCUUGGGCUUCUCAACUUGAGCUCAUCGACAAGUACCCCGAGUACGUGUUUGUGGCUUCCCAGGCCCAGCAGUUCAAGUGGCUCAAGGAAGACUACCCCGACUUGUUUGCCAAGAUUCAAAAGCAGGCUAAGAAGGGCCGCUUCCUUCCUGUCGGAGGCGCCUGGACCGAGUGUGACACUAACCUGCCCUCUGGAGAGUCUCUCCUGCGCCAGUUCCUGCUUGGUCAGCGAUUCUUCCUCGAACACUUUGGCUCCCUUUCUGACACUUUCUGGCUGCCUGACACUUUCGGAUACUCUGCUCAGGUUCCUCAGCUGUGUCGAUUGGCUGGCAUGGACCGUUUCUUGACCCAGAAGUUGUCCUGGAAUAACAUCAACUCGUUCCCCAAUUCAACAUUUAAUUGGGUGGCUCUGGAUGGCUCGCAGGUGCUCUGUCACAUGCCACCCAACAACACCUACACUUCUAUGGCCAACUUUGGUGACGUCUCACGAACUCAGAAACAGAACAAGAAUCUUGACACCACUCGAAACUCCCUCAUGCUCUAUGGCCACGGAGACGGAGGAGGAGGCCCCACUGCUGAGAUGCUGGAGAAGCUGCGUCGAUGCCGAGGUGUGUCCAACACCGUCGGGGAACUUCCUCCUGUAAUCCAGGGACAAUCUGUGACCGACUUCUACAAUGAGCUUCUUGAUCAGACUAACAACGGCAAGGAUCUCGUAACCUGGGUCGGGGAGCUGUACUUUGAGUUCCACCGUGGUACCUACACCAGUCAAGCCCAGACUAAAAAGGGUAACCGAGUGUCGGAGAACCUGCUACACGAUGUCGAGUUGUUGGCCACUCUGGCCAGUAUUCGAGACUCAUCUUACAAGUACCCCUUUGCACAGCUUGAGUCUCUCUGGGAGGAUGUGUGUCUUUGCCAGUUCCAUGAUGUUCUUCCUGGAUCAUGCAUUGAGAUGGUCUACAAGGAUGUUAAAAAGAUCCAUGGACGGGUUAUUGAUACUGCUUCCCACCUCAUUGAUAAAGCCGCUUCUGCCUUGGGUCUUUCUGGUCACCCUUCCAAGGACUCCUUCGACUGCACUCCUGUUGCUCUCAACACCAUGCCUUGGUCGCGAACCGAGGUCGUCGCUGUUCCCCAGCCACAUUGGGAUGCCACCGUGGAGCUUGCUGAGGGUGUCGAGAUCCAAGAAGACUCGGGCAAUGCCCUCGUCAUGAUGUCUGAAUCUGGACCUGUUGUCACCACUCAAUCUGUAGACUUGUUCAAGUCUGAAGACGCCUACAUCCUUGAGAAUAGCCAGGUCAAGGUGACGAUUUGCAAGGAUGAUGGUACCCUCACCAGCAUUUACGACAAAGAGAAUGACCGUCGGGUCCUGUCUGGAACAGGUAACCGACUGGUAUUGUUCGACGACCAGCCGUUGUCGUGGCAGGCUUGGGACACUGAGGUGUUUUCUCUUGGUAAGAAGCAGUACAUUGGUGCCGAGAAUGUGACUCGUCAUUCCAUCGUCUCUUCUGGCCCUCUGCGAUCAACUGUCGCCUUCACUUACGAAUUCAACAAAUCUGUUGUCACAACCGAGAUUUCUCUCGACGCUAACUCGCCUCUGGUAACUUUUAACACCCGUGCCGACUGGCAUGAAACUUGCAAGUUUCUAAAGGUGGAAUUUCCUGUGGACGUCCACAGUGAGUCUGCUUCGUACGAGUCUCAGUUUGGUGUUGUUAAGCGCCCCACUCAUUACAACACCUCUUGGGACGUGGCCAAGUUUGAGGUAUGCUGCCACAAGUUUGCGGAUCUGUCCGAACUCGACUACGGCGUGUCCAUCUUGAAUGACUGCAAGUAUGGAUUCGCCACCCAUGGUAAUCUCAUGCGACUGUCGCUGCUGCGGGCCCCUAAGGCUCCCGACGCUCAUGCUGAUAUGGGUCAUCAUGAGUUCAAGUACGGAGUCCUUGCUCACAAGGGACCCCUUGGUGCUACAACUGUUCGGGCCGCUUACAACUUCAACAACCCUCUUCGGGUCAAGUAUGUGGGUCUCUCUGAAGUUUCCACCAAGCAGGCCUUUUCUCUCAAAGGCCCUGCGAAUCUGGUGCUCAGCCAGGUUAAGAGGGCCGAAGUUGACCGAUCUAAGAAGUCCACCAAUGUCAUCUUGCGAGUUUACGAGGCUCUCGGAGGCCGAACUCGAGGCAAACUCGUUAUCGACUUGCCCAACGUGGUGUCUGUGACCAAGACCUGUGCUCUGGAGUACUCCAAGGAGAAACAGGUUGUUGCCAAGAGCGAGGGUGUCACUUCUGUAGACAUUUCUCUACGUGCUUUUGAGGUUGCCACCUACAAGGUUGAGUUGGCUUAG